CUCCUUCUGUUCCGCGUCUACACCCAACCCCUUCUCCCCCCUGCUUCCGCGUCCCAGGGAGCGCGCACUGGCAGCGGGUGGGGAGAUUCCCAGCGAGUGGCAUGGCCCUCUGCCCUGCCCCUUGCUCAUUCCAUCCCCUCCCUGACUCCCCACGCCCUUUGCUUUGAGCGUGAAGUGGCAGAAGGAGUGAGCGUGAAGUGGCAGAAGGAGGUGUUCGCAGGGGUGGAGAUCGAUACACAGCAGCCGCCGCUGCUCUUCAAGGGGCAGCUCUACGCGCUCACGGGGGUGCCGCCCGACAGGCAGAAGAUCAUGGUCAAGGGCGGCCUGCUGCAGGACGACGCUGAUUGGUCCAAGCUGGGCAUCAAAGAAGGCCAGCGCCUGAUGAUGAUGGGCACGGCAGACGCUGCUCCAGUGGCGCCCGCUCAGGCGGUGGUGUUUGUUGAAGACCUGCCGGAGGAGGAGCAGGAGGCCGCUGCUCAGAAGGAGUGGUCGGCAGGUCUAGAGAAUCUGGGCAACACGUGCUACAUGAACGCCACGCUGCAGUGCCUGCACUCCGUGCCGCCCCUACGCUCCGCCCUCUCCCAGUACGCCCCAUCAAGUGGCAUAGAGGCGGACAGCUCGCACCGCCUGGCGCUGGCAGCGAGGGACCUCUUUGGGGAGCUGGAGAAGUCACGCCGCCCCGUCACUCCCCUGCGCUUCCUCAUGCUGCUACGGCAGAGAUUCCCGCAGUUUGCCCAGCAGGGGGAGCAUGGCGCGUACAUGCAGCAGGAUGCGGAGGAGUGUUGGACGCAGCUGCUCUUCUCACUCUCCCAGCGCCUCCGCAGUGCCAGGCAGCCCUCGCAAGCUGAGGUGGACAACAUAUUCGGGAUUGAUCUAGUCAGCAAGGUGCGGUGUGCGGAGGGAGGGGAGGGCGCGGAGGGCAACGGGGAGGAGAGCGAGGAGAAGGAAACGGCAUUCAUGCUGAAAUGCCACAUCAGCAGCGACGUUAACCUGCUGCAUGAAGGCAUCAAGAGGGGUCUGAGGACCGAGCUCGAGAAGGUAUCGGCGUCGUUUGGGCGCUCUGCUGUCUUCACAAAGGAGUCCCUCAUUGCCCGCCUCCCCCACUACCUCACGGUGCAGUUCGUCCGUUUCUUCUGGAAGCGCGAGUCACAGCAGAAGGCCAAGAUCCUCCGAAGGGUGACGUACCCCCUCGUGUUGGACGUCUAUGACUUCUGCACACCUGAGCUCAGAGCCAAGCUGGACGGGCCCAGGAAACGCCUGCGCCUGGCGGAUGACAUCAAGGCGGGAUUGGUUGAGGGCAAGGGGAAGGGCAAGGAGGGGGAGGCAGACGCGGCGGGGAAGGGGGAGGGGACGGGGGAGAAGGAGGAGGAGAAGAUGGAGGUGGAAGGGGGCAGUGUGGCUAAGGGGCUGGGAGGGGCAGCGGAGGGGAGUGGGAGUGCGGAGGGGAAGACAGGGGGUGCGGCAGAGGGAGCAGAGACGAAGGGUGGGGCGGGGGAGGCAGGAGAGGGGAAGGAGGAGGGAGGGGGAGGCGCAGCCAUGGAUGUGGAUGGGACUGUGACUGCAGAGGCUUCUGAUGCUUCUGCCUCCACCAACGCGGACAGCGAGAGUGGAGAAGCCACGGGGCUGUUUGACCUGACGGCAGUGCUGACGCACAAGGGCAGGAGCGCGGACUCCGGGCAUUAUGUGGCAUGGGUGAAGCAGGAGAGCGGCAGGUGCUUAGAGUUUGACAACGAGCAGCCCAUCAUGCCUCCCACCCUCAGGGUCAACCCCCCUCGCCUCACCCCCUUCCCCAACCCCCCGCCUUCCCCAACCUCCCUUUCCUUUGCAGGCAAGUGGAUAGAGUUCGAUGACGAGCAGCCCAUCAUGCGCAACGAGGAGGAGAUCGUCAACCUUGCAGGGGGAGGUGACUGGCACAUGGCCUAUAUUCUGCUCUACAAGGCGCCCUUUGACUAG